AUGUCGAAUAGGAUUUUGAUAAGGAAAAACAAAGUUACCUUGCCCAAACCUCCUUUGGUGAUAGGCCGAGGAAUUAUGGGCGAGAGGGAAAUCGACGUGCUUCUUCAAGAAUAUAGCAAUUACGCUAAAUUACAGAAGCAUAAUAACAUUCUCAAAUUUUACGGAGUUAUCAGAGAUGACCGCCACUCGUUCUCUCUUGUGCUCGAAUAUGCAUCAAAUGGCAAUUUAUCUUCGUAUCUAAAAACGCAUACAGUCUGUUGGGAAUGGAAGGCACGAAUAUGUCGAGAUAUUUGUCUCGGGUUGAUGCAUUGUCACGAAAACAACGUAUUGCAUUUUGACUUGAAGCCAGAGAACAUUUUGUUGAACGAAGAUUUAGUACCAAAGUUGUCUGAUUUCGGUAUAUCGAAGACAAAGAGCAAAAUGGUGCUCGACCACCAUAGUGCAGGGGGAACGUUGAAUUAUGUUGCUCCCGAGAGAGUGUGUAGGGAUUUGAAGAUGAGAGAAUUUUUCGAAAAACAUCCAAAGCUGUCAGACGUAUAUUCAUUCGGAUUAAUUCUAUGGUCUGUGGCAAAGGACGGAAUACAUCCAUAUGAGAAUUUGUGCGAUGACGAAAUAAAGGAACAGAAACGACAUCAAGAUUCUUCGAUUCAACUGGUAGCGCAACUUCCGCAAAACACACCACCGGACUACUCUCAACUCAUAAUAAAUUUGACAAAGUAUGUCCCCAGUGAGAGGCUGGAACUUAGUAUUGCUAGACUUGAAUUAGAAGAUCUUUAUGACGAUGAUGACGACGAGAAUGAUUUGCAAGAGGACGAAAGUUUAGGAAUCGAUCUUUAUUGCUUAGAGGAGGACGAUACUACCGUACAUGAAAUUGAUAGCUACGCCGAUACAUCGACAAGUGAAGAUUUUUCAGAAUCAACUUAUAGAACACUGACAGCAACACCUAUCGAUGAUGACAGGCAAAGACAUUCCAUUGACACAACAGACGAAGAUACGCGUAAUUUCUUUUCCAGUAUAACAAGCCCUAGAUCGCCAGCGCCACACAGUAGGUCGGCGAGUAUGUCUAGUGUCAAGUCAUCGACUGAAAGCAUCAGACAAAGAUCCGUGAUUAUGCCUAAAUCCCCAACUAACAGAAAACCAAUGCGCAUAGAAAUACCCCACGGGAAUCUUCAAGACGGAAUAGAAAACACUCCCACUAGCUCAAUUGAUGGAAAAUCACAGCCAACUUUAACUUCAUCACCAAGUUCAAUGCAGUCACCUCCGUUCGAAGCACUAGCCGACGAAAAUAGACAAAAAAAUAUACAAUUGAUAGAAGAAAUACUUGCUAUAAUGAAAGAUUGGGAACGUUCAGGUGACGAAACAAUGACCCUACGCCUGAAGCAACUUUGUGCUGAUCGAGGUAUCAGACCGGCCGAAGCACUCCAUCUACUCAUGUCAGAUAGCAGUCCAACGAGUGAUAUAUACUUUUUAAUUGGGUACUUUAACGAAUAUGCGUUAGGCGAAGACAAGGAUCCCGCGACAGCAUUCCAGUACUAUACAAAAGCAGCCGAACUGGGAGACGCACGAGCUGGAGUUUACCGCGGAAUGUGUUAUCGCAAAGGCGUCGGAGUAGAUCCUAACCCAGUUAAAGCAUUCGAAUGCUUCCAGCGUGCUGCCGAAAAAGGAUCGAUGAGGGCUUUGCUCAAUGUUGGCUGGUGUUGCGAUCUUGGAGUCGGGACGACUGCUGAUCCCUACACGGCGUUCAGAUGUUUUAUGGGUUGUGCCGAGCAGGGAUAUGAUACUGCUCAAGUUAGAGUUGCUGUUUGUUACGAGAAUGGUAGAGGGACUAGGAGAGAUUACGAAAAAGCGUUAGAGUGGUAUAGGAAGGCUGCCGAGAAUGGACACGAAAUGGCAAAACAGAGAAUCGUAGAACUGUCAAAACUUAUAAAACGUGGAUAUAGGAAACAUCGAAAACAUUUUUGGAUCACAUGGCGAUCAUCAAUUGAUAAUCACCUUUCGAUGUCUCUACAAAAAACAUUCCAAUCUUGGCUGGCGUCCACUCCGCAACUCUUGCUUGACCUCCGACCCUUAACUUGUCACUUUAAAAAACGCAUAAUUCCGUCUACAUGUAUCCCUCUCUCUGAAAUAUCUUACCUUUGGUUCGAACUACCAACAAAGCAAGUUCCAUUUGCCGUAUUGGAACCACAUACCGAUGUGGGUUGCAGCAAGACGUACUUGAUAAGUAGAGGAUGGAAGGUAAACUGGAUAUUUGAAGACACUGAAGAGCUGUGGAAAAUUGCUAGAGAGUCCAACUGUGUGGAAGAGGGAGACGGGAGCAGCAAUGGACGGCAACAAUGGGUGCUAUUCCAACCGAAUCCGUUUCUAAUGUCUAUUAUCGAUUCUGUCGAACAGUCCUUUUUGAAAUUGGGAGAUUGCACAGAAUCAUUCGCCUUACACUGCUUGGACGUUGGCUGUGGAAGUGGCAGGGAUGCAGCGUGGUUAUGUGCUAGCAGGAAUAAGGUGGAAUGGCGCGUGACAGCUGUCGAUGCAUGGCCAGGUGCGUUAGAGAGAACAAGGGCUUUGGCCAAGGGAUUGGGCGUUGAGAAGAGGGUUGAGACGAUUAACGCGAAGGUUAUGGCCGAUGGUGAUAUUAGAGGAAUAAAUGAGGAUGAUAAUGCUGGCGGUGACGAUAAGAGUGGCUUGAAGGUCAAAGAAGUAGGAAUUGACCAUUGCGGCGAGCUAAGCAAUGACGAUGCAUCUGUUGUCCAAACACAUAAAGCAGCGCCUGUUAGUCUUUCCAAACGACCGCAAUUCAGCUCAACUCUGACAUCAUUGCCGUUCUUGGAACGCACCUACGACUUGAUUCUAAUGAUCCGGUUUCUGUCGAGAGAGUUGUUUCCUACGAUCCGUCAAUUGGUUAGACCGGGUGGAUAUGUGUUGAUUAGUACUUUUGUGAAUUCACCGUCUCAUCCUCUAUACUCGAAUCCUAAAUCUAACAAGCAUCGGUUAGAAUUGAACGAGUUGAUGGGCAUUUUUGAGAAAUGGGAUGACUUUGAUAUCGUAAAGGAUGUUAUUGAAGUCAUUGAAGACGGACGACCCGUCAAUUCUUUUCUCGCGCGGAAGGUUGUUGGACACGUUUGCCCUAUGUCGUAA